AUCGGUCUUUUUCUUUUUUAUUUUCUUUUCUGCUGAGUAUAAUCUCCCGGCACCAAGGGAGGAGGAGGUGGAGUAUAAGAAAGAAAUUCCUCUUCUUCCACGAAACUCUCUCUCUCUCUCGAUUCUUUUGUGAUAUCUUUGAGAAGAAUUUGUUCGAUCGAGCAACUUAGCCUUGUUCAUCUGUUCCAUCAAAGGACAUGUCAAAGAGUCCUUUGGCGAGUGGACCAUCGGGAAGUCCUCAUGGACGCGAUGCAUAUCCGACUUCAAGUCAUGUGACCUUGUUCUCAAGCUCUUUGCCCACACUUUCUCAUGAAAAGCUUGUUUAUACUGAUUCAGACAGUUGGCUCUCCCUCGAUGAUAGCUCGCCCAAUUUGAACAAGUUAGCCACAGGAAACUCAGAGAAGGAUUCAUCCGAAGAUGUUGAGCCUAACUCAUUGGAAAUUUUGCUGCCUGAGGAUGAAAACGAGCUCCUUCCUGGUCUCAUCGACGAGCUUAAUUUCAAUGGUCUGCCUGACGAACUGGAGGAUCUGGAAGACUGUGAUGUGUUUUGCAUGGGAGGGGGUCUGGAAUUGGACGUUGAACCCCGAGACAAUCAUGUUGUUGAUGUAUCAGAGAUUCAGAUGUCUGGUCGAGGUGUUGCAGAUUCCCUUAUUCCCCGUAAGUUUCCCAACAUGUCUGGAAGAUCUUCAGUGGAACAUCCUCACGGUGAACAUCCUUCGAGGACAUUAUUCGUGAGAAACAUCAACAGCAAUAUCGAGGACUCUGAGUUAAGGGCCCUCUUUGAGCCGUUUGGAGAGAUCAGAAGUUUGUACACUGCAUGCAAAAGCAGGGGCUUUGUAAUGAUAUCCUACUAUGAUAUCCGAGCUGCUCAUACUGCACUGCGCGCAUUACAGGGCACACUUUUAAGAAAAAGGACAUUGGACAUCCACUUUUCGAUUCCCAAGGAAAAUCCAUCAGAGAAAGAUAUGAAUCAAGGUACUCUUGUAGUUUUCAACGUGGAUACAUCUGUGUCGAAUGACGAGCUCUGUCAGAUUUUCAGUGUCUAUGGUGAGGUUAAAGAGAUUAGAGAAACCCCGCACAGGCGAUUCCAUAGGUUCAUUGAGUACUUUGAUGUUAGACAUGCAGAGGCAACUCUGAAAGCACUUAACAGAAGCGAGAUAGGUGGAAAACGAAUCAAGCUUGAACUUAGCCGCCCUGGUGGGGCCCGUCGGCUCUCGGUUCCAAUAGCUGGUCAGGACAUGGAGAGACAUGAAGCUCAGAGCUUCUUCAACCAGGUAGGUUCGCAGAUUGCCGGUUCUCCUCCAGGUAAUUGGGCAAACACUGGGCCUCCAAUCAGCGCCAAAAGUUCACAUGCUUUUCCGCGGUCUCACGGACUAGAAAUCGUCAGGCCAGCAAACCCCGGCAACCCGCACGGCUUGGCUUCGAUUCUCCCAUCUCAUUCAACUGUCUCUCCAAUAUUUUCACCCACUGGUAAUGACCAAGGAGUAAUGACUCUGAACAAGGGUCUGUUUCGCAACACUUUCUAUGCGGAGCCUCGUUCUUUUCCCGAGCAUUCAGCAGGGGCGGUUUCCAACUCUAUGCGAUUUCUCGAUUCGCGUUUCUCGGUUUCUUCCGGGACGUCAUCUGAUCACGGCUAUCUAUGGGGAAGUCCUCCUCAGGCCUUCAAUUAUUCUGGUCACGCUGGAUCGAUGUCAUCUUCUGGGCGUCCUUUCACCGCUCGGCAUGGUUUUCCAUACUCUGGUAGACAAGGUUCCCUGCUUGGUAAAUACCAGCAUCAUGUGGGCUCUGCUCCCUCAAGCAUUCAUCUCGGUGCCCAAAUAAGCUACAGUUGGGAGUCACAAGGGAUCAAUGGACAGUUUCUGACGGAAAUCCGAGCUCAUCCACAAGAAAAAUCUGGCGUCGGUCUUCCAUGGAGCCAAACUGAACCUGAUUUCCCCGGUUUUGGCAUGUUGCCAACGCCUCAAGCCCGUUAUAGCGGGAAUCCGGGAUCGGGAUCUACGAGGACUGAACGGUAUGUUGAGCAUGACAGGGUCCAGCAGCUUGAGAAUCACACUCAAACCCAAAUCAUGGAUGAUAGAUGGUGUCAUGUGGAUUUGGACAGAAUUACUACGGGAGAUGAUAUCCGGACUACAUUAAUGAUUGAGAACAUCCCAAACAAGUACACUUUCAAGAUGCUGACAGCUGAAAUCGAUGAAAAACACAAGGGAGACUACGACUUUCUCUACUUGCCAGCCGACUUUAAGAACAAGUGCAACCUGGGUUAUGCUUUGAUCAAUAUGGUCUCUCCUUUGCACAUCGUUCCCUUCCACCAGACUUUUAACGGGAAAAGGUGGGAGAAGUUCAAUACUGGGAAGAUCGCUACCUUGGCAUAUGCAAAGAUCCAAGGCAAGGCUGCUCUCGUUUCAUACACGCAAAGUUCAAGUCCUGUUAAUGAAGAAAAGCAAUGGUUACCCAAUGAAUUCCAGUCCGAGGGUCAAUAGUCUCGUAAUCAGGAUCAUGCAGGGGCAUCUUCCAUCAACCAGUUCGAACUUUGCUGCUUUUAAUCCCGGUUGGUCUUACACCACGGAACUUCUAGAGAGGUAGACAGAGACAAUCGAUGAAGAUUCUGGAGGAAUCUGAGAUCGAUUUGGAAUAGUUCUGCUUCUCCAGAACUUCCGACGUGUAACACCGACUGAUCCUUCCAUGGCAGACCAGAGUCUCCUCCUACCCUCAUUCCCAAAAUCCCGGAAGUUUGAUACAACAUCCGCAUCGGACUCAGUUUUGUUGGUACAGGGUACAGAUAUAAGCCCACCGAAACAUCGAUCUGAAUCCCAAGUAGUAAAAAAGAAAACAAAAGGGACAGAUGAGCUGUGAUAAAGCACGGUGGUGGAGUACUGAGGUUUUGACAUGGCUCAGGCAGGCGCCGACGGGUAAAUAUCCGAAGCUCCAUUUCCAUUUGCGAGCAGUAGCUUCAUCAGCAGCAGCAGCAUCCAAAGGAAGACGAUCGAAAACAGUGUUCAUGAAAGCAGCCCUUAACACGACAGGACCAGAAGCAAUAAGCCCUCUGACCAUUCCCCCCACGAUCUGUUCCUGAGGCCGGGCUAAGUAAAUAGUCAGAACGGUCAUCCCGACCGGUGCAGGUGGAGGCAAGACGGAUCCAAGCAAAGACAGAAUCUUGAACCGGCUGUGCAACAUUAUGACUGCCCCCGGGCUGACCGGUUGCCUCAACGUGACAGUCGUGACGCAGCCAUUUGCGCUGAGAAUGCGAGUCCCCUCUGCUUCCUUCUCGAGAAAUCAGCCAACGUCUCACAGACAUCACAGCCUGAACCAAUCUCAACAGCCUGGGCUCGGAGAGCGUUUUUACAUAUAUGCUUACAGUUUUUGGUGUUGAUGAUUUUAGAUGUAGGGCCCUCUCAUGCUGGUUGGGCCACCGAGUUUGAACUCUGUUUUUGCCCCU